AGAGUUACUUACGCGUAAGCUAUGCAAUACACCACUAAGCUUAGUUUUUCUGCUAUAUUAACAUGUUUUUUCCUUUUUUCAGAGCGGAGAGCCAUGCUGAGGAGGAUGAGACAGGGGAAAGUACUGAUACGCUGGGAACUGCCCCUAGGGGCAUCCGUCAUAAGGUAGUGGUGAUGGGAGCAGCGAAGGUGGGGAAGAGUUCUCUUAUCACACAGUUCCUGUACGGCACGUUCUCUGACAAAUACAAGCGCACGGUCGAAGAGAUGCAUCAGGGUGACUUCUGUGUCCAGGGGGUCGGCCUAACCCUGGAUAUCUUGGACACCUCCGGCGCCUUCGAGUUCCCUGCCAUGAGAGCCCUCUCCAUCUCCUCAGCUGAUGCGUUCAUCCUGGUGUACUCUGUGGUGGACGCUGCGUCCUUCGAGGAGGCGAGAGUUAUCCGGGAGCAGAUCCUGGAGACCAAGGGAGGUGUGGUACCCAUCGUCGUCGUCGGCAACAAGAUCGACCUGGCCGACGAGAAGAGAGAGGUCUCCAUGGAGAUGACGGAGUCAGUGGUAACAGUUGACUGGGAGAAUGGUUUUGUCGAGGCCUCUGCCAAGGAGAACAUCAACGUGACCAAGGUAUUCAAGGAGCUGUUGGUGCAGGCCAAGGUGAAGUACAACUUGAGUCCAGCCCUGAGGAGGAAGAGGCGACAGUCCCUGCCACCACCCCAGCAUGGGAGCAGUGGGGGUGGCAACCCUGCCAUCCCUUCGGCCGCGCAGUUGGCUCACCUGCGGAGCAUACAGGAACGCCACACUGGAGCCGGUGGAAAGCGCAAUUCAUGUUCAAUAUCCUAAUUUCCCUCCUGAUCCUGAGAGGACCAGUUUUUCUUAUUUAGGAAUCAUUCUAGGGAGAGGAUUAUUUUGUAAAUAAGAAAAGUGUGACAAUUAUUUUAGCUUAGGUUUAAAGUACAGUAUUUUUAUCAAAGAAAUUCUUUCAGUAGCAAAAUGUCUUGUGAAAUUUAAACAUAUUGUAUUUAUGUAAAGAGUUAUAGGAUGAGAAAAUACACAGGAAGGUAUAGUUUUGUACACGUCAACACAGUAACAUUUGUUACUACUACUCAGUUUUUGUAGAUUACUGGACAUUACGUUUCCUAACAACCAUUUCCUAGAUGAUAUCUAAAACCAAGAGUGGUAGCAGUAUGUAGUUCCUAGUACAUUUCACAUGAGUGACAUACAAUGUCCUUUCAACUAAUUGUGCUGGACGGAUACUAUACAUUGUACUAUAUAUUUUGUCAUCUCUAACCACUUUGUGAAAAUAAAGAAUAAUUGCAUAUUGUUUCUUUAAAAACUCCUUACUCAUUGAUUUAUUGAAUACACCAUGUAAAUUAAGUUUUAACACGGACUUGUUUUAAGCUGUUCUUUUGAAAUUUAACAUUUUUGUAUUGCGCCAGUGCCUCGUCUUUGAAAGAUUCUAGGUUUGUUCCCUCAAUUGGAUCCGUAUGGAAUUUUCUUCUUUGAUAUGAAUUUCAGUAGAGGUUCCUUAAGGUUGCAUUUCUUUUCACAUUUGGAAAGAUGACUUUACAAUCUUAACCAACCAGACAAAGUAAAAAUCUCAAAAUCAGUGAAUUGGACAUUCACAAAUUUAUCAAGAAUGUAAUAUUGGGAUUACUUUUCGCGACAAAUAGUAAGAAAGUACAACUAUUAUAGUACAUACCUUUGCUAUAGAUAUAAUCUACAAUUAAACCAUUUAAAGUAAUAUAAUUUACAAAAGAAAAUUCUUUUAACAUCACUUCUUUUGAAGAGAGGAUCGAACACUUUUGUAGAUGUCCUCCAAUUUUACCUAUUGUAAUUUAUGAUCUAUACUUCUCUUUUGAGCAAGCCCGGCACGUAAAACUGUGCCGUCGAAUCUCUUUUACCUUUUGUGGAUUUUGUUUUGAUGGCCUUUCUCAAAGUUGAGAGCCUUUCUCUUUUUUAAUAUUUUUUAUCAAAAGCUAAAUCUUUAGAGUAAAUAUCAGGUUGGGACAGUUCAAGAGCUUGUAAUUGUCUAACCCGGCAGUGUUCGUAUAUUUUAUCUUUUGUCUCGGUCGGCAAAAUUAAGAAGAUCGUGCCAAUUAUAGUUCCUAGGAUUAUUUUAAUAGGAGAUGUAUUUAUACCUCAGCAUGGCGGCUUUUUAUGGUUGGACUUCAAGAUUGAAUUGGAACAGAAGAAGAAUGGUGAGAUUAUUAUAUUUUAGCUCAAUAACGAAGGCUCCAUUGAACCUCCAGUAGCACACCUCUAUCUUCCCUGCUAUUAAUGAAGUUUAGUACUUGGUGAUGUUGGGCAAGUUGAGAUCUUUGAAUUGAUCUCUUAAUGCUUCGGAUUACUAAUGGAUAUGGCUGGCCGAAGAUAUGCCUACUGAGGCAGCAACGUGUGGAUGAGUGUCUCUUUUCAUCCAUCUUGGAUGCUUGGAAGGUUGGCACUAAUGUGGAAAAAAAUAUUUAUUAAGUACCUUAUGAUGAAGAAGUAGAAAUGAUUCUAGUGGACUCAGGAAGAGUUCAAAUAUCUUAGCCCCAACAUGCAAUUUUCAACAGUGAUAACGGAUACCUUGAAUCUAAUAUGGUCUGUAAGAGAAUCUAAGAACUGUAUAUUUGAGUUCUUCUAAUAUGAAAAAUUGUGUACAAGACAAAUUUUGGGAUGAUCAGUGUUAGGGCUGACUUUGUGUCAAAAGUAAAACCAUCGCGCAAGAUCAGUUUGUACAGAAUGUGGUCAGAGUUCUCAAUGUGGGUAUGACGUCAUGUUAUAGAGUAUUAUUUAACUGAAUCAUCUCGAGGAUUCUUGUAGGAUAAAAACUAUAUGAAUUUGGGUAAAGAUGACCAUUAGAGAUUUGCGGGAUGAGGUCCCUCGACCAUCCAUUCCUCGUUUGGGUCAUGUGAAUUACAAGUAAAUAGAAUAAUUAUUAAGAUCCCGACGACCAUUCUAUUAUUCUUUCCUUUCCUUGUAUCAUUUACCGUUCCUUUUUUUCAUUUGUGUUGCAGGAAAUAUAAACAAAGCUAACAGUAUUCAUAAGGAAGAUGAUCACUAUACUCUAGUACUUAAGUACUUAAGAGAGAUGAGUUACUGUAUUAAAUGUACGCAAUAUGUGAGACUUAACCUGAUCCUUACCCAUACUCCGUCAAAUGAUGUAAAAGUGGACAGUAAUAAACGAUACCUUUGUAGUUAAUUUAUGAUCUUCGUUUUUAUUACUUUAUGAAAGUUCUGAGUAAGAUAAAUAUAACAUCUCAUAUAACAAUACAGAACUUGGUAUGAAAUUAAAAUUCGAAGAUUGAAUAAACCGAGACAACGGAAUACUGAAGGAACCUACAAAACUUUAAAAAAACUUUUUGUAACUUUUUUGGAUUAGUGAAAAUUGAUCAUUUAUCGCUCAAAAUGUUCCCUUUUCCAUUCUCAUUAAUUGUGGAGGUCUUGGCCUUGAAAGAAACGGGUGUAUUGGUAGUUGCCUGCCCUGACUGACCUAACUUUUCCCAGAAUUGAGUAUAACUUUACUGCCCUUUGACAUUUUCAGUCCAAAAUCACUAACGGUAUUCCUUAGGCAGAGUAGAAUCUCUAUAACUUACAAAGUUUAGAAUCUUCAGUAUCUUCCAAUUAAGAGUUAUUGCACAUUCAGAUAGACAAACAGAUAACGAAACUAUUUUAAGAAGAAUUUUUUGGGUCCAUAAUAACAUAUAGGAAAACCUUUUUAAAUUACAUUUCUCCCAAAGUAACAAACAUUACGCUUAUGCAUUAAAAUAUAUAGGCUAAUAUGUACUAACGCUAAAAUGUAUUCAAUGGAGAAAACAGAUUGAAAUAAAUUGCAUGGAUAUUCAGUAAUGUCUAGAAUAAAUUAUUAACUAAGUAAAAUCAUUAUCAAUACAUUUAGUACAGAUGUAUAAAUCCCUUUGAAAUUUUUAGGUGAAGCACGUAACUACAACUUUAGUAUCGCUAAUUGAAAUCAACACAACCUUACACGAUUCUCCAUUCCAGAGGUUUGGAUGGCAAACAUUGAUAUAUACUUAGAAGUCGGAUGGAAUUUAUAUUUUCCUCGAGAGUGCAGAAUUAAACUUAUAAAGCUUUCAAAACUUGGCCAAUCUUCGGCCAUUGCAAAUAUUUCAUCUUAUUCUUCUCUGGCACUUGACUAAUAUCACAAUACAAUAUUCUUGCAGUGUUUGUAAAUUACUCAAAAUGCAAAAAAUCUGUAAUAAUGAAAGAUUGUGUGUGAUGAUUGUUAUUAGUUUCUAUGUCCAUUGUAUUCUUUACCCUUUGCCAAUGGCUGGGAAAUGGUUUCCAAAGGCCUGUACAUGUUUAAACUGAUAUGUGGGUGUCUAUGUGAACUUAUACAUAUUACAUGUGUAAGCCGUGAGCAACUUGAAAAAAUCGGGUAUUAUGCCUUUAACACUUUAGGUGGUAUUUUUGUCAUGUUUUAUAAUAUAAUUACAAUGUUAGAAAACAUUUUUGUAGUAAAUCUGUAUAAAAUUGAAUAAUUUUCCUUUUUUCAUUGUUAUUUGCGUAUUGUUGCUUAUAAUCUGGGAUUUAAUUGGAUAUGUUUCCAGCCAACUGCAUUUUAAUAUCUGUCGCAGUUUCUAUUUUACUCCAGUAUUUAUGUAUUCUACUAUUUUUAUUACACUUGGGUGUUUAGAGUAUCGUGUUAUCGUUGACUAGGUUGUACGACAAUAUUGCAUCUUGUAUCAAUUAUUUUAGUGGCUUCUCAAUAUGUUUCUACGAAAUGUUUUAUGUUUGUAAUAUAACAAAGAUGUUUACAGAUUAUCGACCUACUAUCAAGUUUUGUUACAUACUUAUUUCGCUAUUUCAAUAUCGUUGCUUUGAGAACAAGCAAACUAUUGUAAAGUGACAACUGUUUAAUGUUGCUGUAUUAUUUUAAUAAUGUUUACUUACAUACUGGUAGUUUCUAAUUAAAUGACUAUUACAAAUAAACAUAUUCCUGUUUUCGGUUCAAGAUUCCUGGCAGAGUCGAGAAUAGAAAACAUUUUGAAUUGAAACCACUGCUAUUUCUAGUUAAGACGGCAAACGAAAACAAUUAAAGCUAAAAAUAGUAUUGCUGUUUUUAUUUUAUUUAACUUUGUUCCAAGUGUUUAUAUACAUAUUUUUAAAACACCGCAGACUUCACAAUGGUAGUGAACGUGGAAAUACGAGUCAUCCAUGAUGUAUGAUUCAUAAAAACAAUGUAAAUGAUUUAUUCCUUUUUAUACUUUUUGAGUAAUAGUACCCUAUGAAAUAAAAACUAUUAAUUACUUAUAUUUUCUGUGCCUGAGUAAAAGAAAUAGAACUGAAAUUAAACUACCAUUGUAAUUUAAAUACAAAUAAAUAUCAGUGGUUUAAUAGAACUGUAUGGUAAACUAUGUGUAUGUAUAAAAAUCUGACAUUAUACCCAUUCAAAGCUCAGGAUGGAAUGGAUAUAAUGUUUUAUUAAAACAUUGGUUUGAGAAAAUAGUGUAACAUUUUCCGUUUUCUAAGAAAAAACUCUUUUUUACGUUUUAAGUAAGUUCCUUUCAAACUGUCAUGGUACCUAUUAAGGCCAGUUGUGUUGAGCAGAGCAAACCAAAAAUUAUCUUGGUUUAAUUACUCAUGUACUCACGGAAAGUAACACAUUAGGAUCAAAACGUGUUUUGACAAUGUCAUCUAAAACAAAAUUGAAGAUUUUCUUCAGUUACAAUUGGAUUUUUUACACUGUUGAUCUGAAAAAAAAAAGAAAUUUGGCUCUAAAUAGGUACCAUUAUAUUAUUUAACUAUUGAGUUUGUUUCUUGUAUAUAAAAAAGAACCAAGUGAAUCUAACAUCGUCUCUUAAAAUUAAUUAAUUAACCUACGUUUCACUAUUCUCGUUUAUUCCUAACUUCCGUAGAACUCCUAAGAUGACUAAAUGUAAAGAAGAAAACCAAUGUUUCAUUACAAUAAUGUAGUUGUUAACUCCAAUAAUAUAGAAAAGUGUGGAUGAUGGGCUGUAAAUAAUUGUAUAUACCUCAGAGAAUACACCAAUUAUUGUAUUGUGUUGAAGUUUAACAUAAAUAUGUAAAUGUGGGAGCUGGAUUGCCUAUUGUGUCUCGAAACAAAUGGAUGCACAUUUAACUAACUUAAUCUUCUUAAUAUAUGUAUAUAAAUAAAACCGUAUCAAAACUCU